CCUGGCCUUCAGGAGAGGAGAUAACGGGGCUGAUCAGUCAUAAUACUCUGUGUACUGAUUAAACAUGAUCCCAACCAUUCUUAAUUUGGCAGUUCUUCUUUACAGCCAACACGGAAGAGGUUAAUGCAGUGUGGGAGUGGCUUGGCCGCACUCGCUCGACUUCAGUGUGGCUUCUAAACUGCAUGGAGUUGUUAUUGCUCAUUGAAGGGAUCGAUGGACACGAAACACCAUAUCUUGUGAGUUAAGAUGUGCAGAAGAGAUAAUCCAUUGGAUAAAAAGCAGCUGAUGAAAAUAGGAAUUGCUUUAAUUAUAACCGGGCAUUUGAACUUCAUACUAGGAGCGAUUGUCCAUGGAACAGUCCUGCGAUACGUCACCUUGCCGGGGAAUGGCAUGUCUGUUGAGUAUUCUGUAGCCAACAUUUUUGCUGCACUCUCAGGAAUACUGACAAUUUGUACUGGAAUUGCAGUGAUUGUGUUAUCUGGGAACAUGCCUCAAAUAAUCCUGCAGUACAUUGUGUUUACAAGUAGUAUGUUCAAUUCACUCAUCGCCAUAGCCUGCGUGCUGGGUUUGGGUGCCUCUGUGGUGGUGACCAUUGCAAAUGGUGGACGAACGUUACUUGCAGUCUGUCAUCUCAGUUCCACUAAGGACGUUGUACAAGUAACAAAUGAAUGUCCGUUUGACCCAACAAGGAUUUUUGAUACCACACUUGCAAUGUGGAUUCCAUGUCUGAUACUGACUGGUCUGGAGGCUUUCCUAUCUAUUAGAUGUUUUUUUAUGUCAAUGAACUCCUUAAGAGGCAAAAAGCAGCAGCGACGUAAACAGGUCAUUCAAAAACCUUUAGAGGAAAUUCAAGAAGUGGAUGAAAACGAUGAACUUUUGGAAGGCACUGUAGUGAAGUUCUGGGUGUGACUACAGUCUACCUUAGUGACUAAUAAACAGCUGUGGAAAGAAAAGUGCACAGUCUUGAAAUAAAAGGCAAUUACAGGAAGGCGGGGAUUUUCAGGCACUGAUGCUUUCUGUGAUGAAGACUGGACUUUUUUUUUGUGUAGACUCUAAACAAUCAAAAAACCAUUGCAAAGAUUUCACUGGAACACUGUCAAGUAUUUUUGGAUCACAUUUUAGGUUUCAUGUCAUUUAAACUAUGUAUUCAUGAAAGAUUAUUCACUUUGAUGUAGCAAGUUGUUCCAAUCUUAGAGGCCCUGGCUGAAAAGCUGGAGGAUAUAUAUUCAGUAAUAACUUAAAAUGCAGUUGGACACAUCCUUGAAAACAAUUUGCAGUGUUAUGGGGAAUGAGCAGGUCAGAGGGAUGUUAUCGAAUAGCUCUUUCAAAGAGCCAGCACAGGAAUGAUGGACUGAGUGAUCUCCUUCCAUUCUGUAUUGUUCUAAUAUCCAGGAUAUACACCUUACAGAGCCCAACAGAUUGUAAAGUUUUACAGGGAUGAAUUUAACCACAGUAGAGCUUACAAUCAAUACAUUGGGUCUCACGCCAAGGAAAUACUGAACACAAGGUUGAUGUGCAAUGUUACCAAGCAAAUUACUGUUUUGUAUAAUGACCGGCUAAAAGGCUCAGUAACCAUUCUCAAUGGUAAAGAAUAUGCUGGUGACUUCACAUUUAAACAACAUGAUGUUCAUGAGCAAAAGUGGAAACUAAAUUGGUCACAUUAAAUUCAUCAAAUGUUUUUUUUAAAUUGUUUGCUAAACUACAUCUUAUGAUUUUUUUUUUGCUUUUUUAUGAUAAAAUGCUGACCAUCCCAGUCUUUACUAAUAAUUUCAUGGAUGUAAAGUCUCAUUUAACCAAUUUCUCUCUGAAGGGAGAACUUAUUCUGAGAAGCACUUCUUUUGGAAAUGGAGAGUAUUGAAGUGCCCACCGUCAAUAGGAACUGGUCUUGGUUCUAAAUGCUUCAACGAAUGGAAGCAGAGAAACCAAUACCAAAGUAAAACUAAUACCCACAUCUUCUUAGGAUUUGCUGUUCAGGGCAAUGUUAAUGAUUCAGCAGCCUGAAAGGCUAAUAGGUGAAACAGAAUUUGGAUAUAAAUAUGUUAAUGUAUUAAAGUUUAUUGAAGUUCCUAUUGGGGGUGAAAAGGGCUAAUGUGUCUGCCCAGUCUCAGUAAUUAUUUUUUUUAUAUAAACGUUUGUACUAUUGACUUUACUUUCAGAUGCAGAUUCAGGAAUUUUGCAAUAUUUGGAUUUUAAAAAUGAUUUAUAACAGAGUUGAUUUUAUUAAAUUUAUCUGAAUAAAUGCAACAGCAAAUAUUUCCAACCUUUAACUUUUAGUUGCUUUCUGCAUUUUUUGCACAUUGAUGUAAUAUGUAUAUUAUUUGUAAUUUAAUUUUUUUUAUAUAUUAAGUCUUGCUAGUAACUUUACAGAAGAUCUCCAUGUAAUAGGGAGGAAAAUUAUCAGAGAUUAUUUGCUCAGCUGGAAAGAAUUAUUUUAUUAGAUUUGAUCCUUGCUGACAAAGGCCAAUAUUUACUGCCAGUCACCAGUUGUCCUUGUGCAGAGCUCCCACAAACGGCUGCAGUCCAUCCAUUGGAGGUACUCUAUAGGUGAGGAGGUUCAGAAUUGUUGUGAGCUGACCAUCCAGUCAGCUUGCUCCACUGAAUGGUCACCUCACUACACUUGACGGUCAGAUCAUCUCACUGGAAAGUCAGCUCCCUCCACUGCUCCCUUAA